CAUUCAUUUUAUCCAUCGAAUCGAGAGGCUUGGUAUUCUCUCUCUAACAAAGGUUUUCUGUCAUGGAGAAAAAAGGCGAGUUAUUUGCUAUUGAAAAGCCGAAAAAGAAGCCAAAAUUAAGAAGAACUUCCUCUGCUUCUGAUAUAUCUCUAUUGCCAUCUUCAGAUAAAGAAAGCGAGGAGUUCAGUACUAAUUUAUUUAAGGUGUCACGUUCUGAUGGUCAAGAAAUGAAGCCCUUUAACCCUAAGUUAUUAUAUUCGACGCCUAGCAAAGAAAACUUAAAUAAGUUGUAUGCAAGCUUAACCCCUAGACAUAUGGACGGGCCAAACCUAAAAAGAGUACAAACAGCUUCUCUAAUUGUUGAUGCAAGCUUUUAUAAAAAAGAAGAAUCAAUGUGGAAUGAUGAUGAUGAUAGUCCAGUAGACGAAGAACGCUUAAAUGAGUGUCUUGAAAGAUUAGCUGCAGAGGAUCUAACCAAAAAAGAAGUUGAAGUGGAAGUGGAUGAUAGGCUACGUGAUGUGACCACCGAUACCUAUCAUUCUUUAAACGAUUUAGAGAGGCUGAAUUGGAUAACUACACAGUUCAUAUUGCGACGCUACCUCCCUAUCGCUCAAGGCCAGUGGCCUAGACCGCCAUUGCCAUCUAAAAAUCCAGGAAAAGAGCGGUGGGUUUUUGGUGGUAACACAGACUCCGAGGAUUCAGACGAAGAUGAGGAUUCAGACGAAGAUGAGGAUUCAGACGAAGAUGAGGAUCCAGGCAACAUGAUGCAGCACUAAGUUAUGAAGUCGAACAAGAAUUCCAAGCUAGAGAAUUGUAUUUCCGAUUUGAAUAAGUCGGUUUCUAUCCAAUGACUAGUAGUACUCUAUUUUAUGCUUAUCUAUGUUUUCUUGUAAUAAUAUUGCUUGUGUAUAUGCUAAGAUUUUUUUUUGCUUUA